GGACGGAGCCGGGCGGAGCGCCGCUAGCCCUCAUUGGCGGAGGCCACUGUUGGCUACGCCCCCCUGCGAGGGAGCGGGUUAGGCGCCGCAGCCGGGACCGGGGGGCUCUCGCGUCUCGAUGUGAGCCGGUCCCUCGGCUGCCGGCGGGAAGGAAAGCGCCACCCGCGGUGACGAGCGCAGUCCAGGUUGUUUUUGUGAAUACGGCGGGCCGCCCCUUCGGCGGUGUCACUAAGGGACCGUCUGUUAAUCCUCGCCCCGUGUCCCUGCCGCCGCACCGGCCGCGGAGCGGCUGCUGGCACAUGGCGCGCUGCGGCGGCGGCGCGCCGAAGGGCCCCGGCCCGGCGGCGGUGGAGCGGCAGCGGCUGAAGGAGAUGCUAGCCGGGCAGCUUCGGCAGGACCUCGGCAGGCUGCUGGCGGAGGGGACGCUCUCCGACGUGACCAUCCGCGUGGGCGACGCGGCGCUGCGGGCACACCGGGCGGUGCUGCUGGCGCGGGCGCCGCGGCUCUUCGCCGGGCUGGGCGGGGGGCGGCCGCCCCGCGAGGUGCUGCGGCUGGACGGCGUGGGGCCCGCGGAGUUCCGGCGCUUCCUGCGGCUUGUAUAUUCAUCUGAUAAAAAUCUCAAAGAAGCUGAGGAGCUGGCUAUGAUGAAAAAAGUAUUGGAACCCAAAUUAAUAAAAGAAAACAACAUUGCUACUCUUCAGAACACUCAAACAAAUGUAAAUUAUCUUGGAGCUGGCAAAAGAACACCUGUUGAUCAGAAUACUCCAAGUGGUGCUGUGCAGAAAGAAGUUGCUUGUUCAUCUUGUAUUGAAGAGGAGGUUCCAGAAGUAGUCAUUGAUGCAGAAAGCAGCAAAGCCACUGCAGGUAAUUCCAAACUAGAAACUGCAUCUGUGUUAGGAGAAGACUUAAUGAUGCUCUACAAGAAGUGCUGUUGUCCAGAUAUUAAUAUUUGCAUAGAAGGCAAAGAUUUUCAAGCUCACAGGGCCAUUUUAUGUGCCAGAUCUAGUUACUUUGCUGCUAUGCUGAGUGGAAGUUGGGCUGAAAGCUCCCAAGAGCACAUCACUCUUCAAGGCAUAACCCAUGUAGAAAUGAGUGUCAUCUUGCAUUUUAUAUAUGGAGGUAUUCUGGACUUUCCAGACAAAGUUGAUGUUGGUCGCAUGUUGGGCAUUGCAGAUAUGUAUGGGCUAGAUGGGCUGAAAGAAGUAGCUAUCUACAUUUUGAAAAGAGAUUACUGCAAUUUUUUCCAAAAGCCAGUUCCCGGAAAACAGCAACCUGUACUAGAAUGCAUGGCUAUUGCUCAUUCAUUGGGAGUGGAAAACCUAUAUGCUGCUUGCAUGAAAUGGGUAGGAAAACAUUUUGCAAAAUGUUUGUCAGAGAGAAGCUUUGCCAGUUUACCUACUGAACUUCAGAACAACUGUCUUGUUAUGUUGAUUAACUCUCUGACUUCAGGUGAUCACAAGCCAGUUUUUCUACAGAACCACAAGAAUGCUGCUUUCCUUCUGAUGGAGAGUGACCGGCUGAUCAAUAGUCUUCCCCAAGUGAAAUGGACAGAGGCAGCUCUGGCCUUGGCAUCUAGGCUACAAGAAGAAUGUGUAACAUUUAUUGUGGCAAAUUUCCUACACAUAGUACAAAGUGAAGGCUUCUCUAUUUUGUUGCAGGCACAGGCAAUGAGCAGCAAACCUGACCUUCUAGAGCUAAUUUUUAAUGCAAUUGAAAAAAGUAUUAAUAAUGAAAAUAGCUGCUUUCUUCUUGUAGCUGUGGAUACGUUGUUGGACUCCACAAAUGUGAAGGAGAUGGGUUUUACGUGCAAGAUCCAGGCUCUGCGUGAUAAGCUCUGGGUCUUCCUGGUUCAGUCUUUUUAUGCUGUUCGUCACACAGAAAGCUGGAAGCUGAUGAGGCCAGACCAUCAACAGAAAAUACAAGCAGCUGCAUUUGACAAGGGUGAUGACCGAAGACUUGGCAAAAAACCUGUAUUCACUAGUUCUCAGCUAAACAAACCUAUUACUGAAUCUGUUGGUAUAAAGAAUACUUCCUGGACAGAACACAGCCAGAAAGAUUGCUGGGGAGAUUCUUCCACUAAUCAGGAUAAAAUGAAAUCUGAUGGAUUAGGAGCAUCUGGACAUACAUCAAGCACCAAUAGAAACACUGUUAAUAAGGCUUCAAAGCAUGAAGAUGUAAAAGGGAAAGAUGGCAAAAAAAUAGUUUCCAAAAUUACAAAGGAUUCAAAACCUGGGGAAAAAGCUGCUUCACCAAAGGCUAGAGCUGUUAUAAAGACAAAAAUUGAAAAUAAUGGAAAUGUGAAGGCUGAAAGCAUGCUUACCAAGCAAGAUACAGAAAAGACAGCAUCUGCAAGCGGACAAAAAAAUUCAGGAAGUGGCAAAGGACUAAAGAGCCACGAAGGAAAAAUUGCAGGUGCCAGACCUAAAGUGCUGACAGUAACCUCAAGCGUGCAGAUCAAAACAAAACUAUUGAAAAAAACCACAGGGAAGGAAUCUCCCUCCUUAGUGACUAUGGCAGGAACUUCCAGCAAGUCACCAAACUCAAACAUAGAUAUCCAGACUGCCAGUGAACAGACAGAAGAACUCAAAGAGGAUAAAUUGGUAGAUGAAGGAAAAAAACAGACUGUGAAAACAAAGUCAUGUGUGAAGACAUCAAAUGGAGUCACCAACAAAAAAAAAAAGACUGAGCUUGAGGCUAAUGCCACAACAAGCAGGUCACUCAGAAUUCUGCAUACUGGAACAGCUAAUGACUACACAAGCCUGACUAAAAAAUCAACUGGAAAAGGGUGUAAUGAACAAAAUGUACAAGCUGUUUUAAAGAAAAAAGGGAAUGUGAGUAGCAACUCUGCAACACAGCAAAGGACUCAAAACACACCUACGAAUUCUCCCAAGAACCAAGGACCUCAGGGUGAAUCACCAAAUUCACUGAAAUCAGGAAUGUCUCCAAAACAUAACGAAGAAAAAAAUGUGUUACAACAUCUGGUUCAGACAGCACUCCCAGAAAAACAUCCUUCAGCCAAGAAGAAGAGUGUUAAGCAGUCGCAAACAUCUGUAGCAAAAGCCACUGCAAAAAUAACACCUAAAACUCAGGUUCCAUCAAAGCAUACUGAGAUUAUGAAUAAUAAAGACCCAAAACCAAAAACAACUGGGCAAUCCGUAUUGAAAUCUCAGUCCUCUGCCCAAAAACAUUCAAGGUGUGAAUCUCCUGUUGUCCAGAAGAAUGGUCACACCUCUGAGCACAGAAGCUCAGGACAGAAACUUGAAAAAACCACAGCUGACGCUGUGGCAGGUCAGCUUCAUGACAAUAAUGAAUGCUAUUCUGUAAAGCAAAGUGAAUCUUCAAAAUCUGUGAUGGAAGGUGGCAGCAAAGAUAAACUGCUGGCAUCCUGUCAACCCAAUAAACAAAAAUUAUCAGAUCCUUCUGAAAAUGGGGAAUACAAAACACAAUCUGAAUCUUCUUCUCCUGUCAUUGCAGAAGAAACUGUUUCUAAACUGCAUGUUUCACUGCAAAAUGAAACAGAAGCAAGACAAGUCUGUGGAGAACAGACUGGAAUUAAACAGAUUAAAGAUACAGAGAAAAAUGAUAAUAAAGCUGAAAUUCACUGUCAAGCAGAGUCUUCCAGUGAUGGAUGCUCAGACUUUUCCAAGGAAACCAAUCAAAAGACUACUGUUUCAGGAGAACUGGUGAAAUAUUCAAAAGCAACAAAAGUCUGUACUGAACAAAGUGACAAAUUGAACGCUGAAACAGGUCUUAACUACGGUGAAAAUGCUCUACCAAGCUUUUCCAGAACGAUAACCAAUAAAGAGGGUGGAACAUCAUCUCCUCAGAUUCACACGGAGGGAUUUCUUACAGCUGAUGAGCUGUGUGAUACAUCAGCCUUGACUGAAUACAAAUCAGUUACAGCGGAUUUAGAUGAUCUUUCCGAAUGUUCCACAGAACAAAUAACAGAAAAAUGUUCACCUAGUUACACAGAGCCUAUAGAUCCUACAGAAAUGCCAGAAAACCAUGAAAAUGCAGAAAUUCCCUUUGUGGACCACUGGAGUACUGGUGCACUAGAUCCAAAAGAGAGUCCUGAAUCAGAUACUGGCAGCGCAACCACAUCCUCUGAUGAUAUAAAACCGAGAUCAGAGGAUUAUGAUGCUGGAGGCUCUCAGGAUGAUGAAGGAUCCAAUGAAAGAGGGAUUUCUAAAUGCAGCACUAUGUUAUGCCAUGAUUUUCUUGGAAGAAGCAGCAGUGACACAAGUACACCUGAGGAAUUAAAAAUUUAUGACAGCAGCCUAAGAAUAGAAGUGAAAAUGAAAAAAGAGGGUUCUGAUCUCUUCCGUGUUAAUUCAACGAGUGAUGAUGAAAUACCAAGAAAAAGACCUGAAAUUUGGUCCCAUCAAGAAAGUGCAAGGACCAAUACUAGAGAAAGCAAAAGUUCUACUUUUGGCAAUGCACAGUUUACUCAGGAAGCAGACCAAGUUUCUUCUUCUGCAGAUGAAACAGAAGAUGAUAGAUCUGAAGCAGAGAAUGUUGCAGAAAACUUUCCUCCAUCAAAUGUUCCUACUCAACAAUUCCAAGGGAUCGAUAAUUUAGCUUUUGAAGAUGCAACAGAAAAUGAUACUGCAAGUCAAGAAUUUUCUAAAACUAAAAAUUUCAAACGAUCUGUUUUACUUUCAGUAGACGAAUGUGAAGAAUUGGGAUCUGAUGAUAGAGUGGAAACUCAUACUUCAUGUCAGCAUUCAAAUGAUUCUCUUACUCCUUCAGAAGUAUUUGACAGUGUUUCUCAAGAGCACCAUGGAAAGACUUUUUAUUCAAGAUACUCACUGGAAAUUAAAGAUGGAAUCCUGGAUUGCAAGCAGCAUAAGUGUAGAGACAAUAGACCGGAUAAAAGUGAAAGUUCUCUUCUACAUCUCCAUGGCACUGAAAUCCUACAGACGGAGAGUCAAGAUGCUUCAAUGACUGAACAAAAUUGCCCAGAGAAAGUACAUUCAGCAGCUAGUCCGUGUCCAGGAGAAAAACAAAAAGUAAACAUGAAGAAUGAGGUGGCUAGUGAAUUUCACCAGUGCAAUAAAUACUUAGACAAUGAUGCAAAAUCUCAAGAAAGACCAUGUCAUUUGAAUCUUCAUCAGAGAGAAACUAAUUCUGAUGUGCAAAAGAGCACCUCUGCAAAACCUGUAGAAGCCAGUAAGAAUCAGAUACUGACUCAGGAAGGUCAAGCAAGAGACAGUCAACCAGCAACUACUGAAUACGCUAAUACUGAUAUACUUCCAGGAGACAUAGAUGAUUAUGACACAAUGGGACAAACCUGCAUGUAUGAGCACCGGCCUUCAAAAACCCUUUCUCCAAUAUAUGAGAUGGAUGUUGGAGAAGCAAUUGAGCAGAGGAUGGAUUCAGAAACAGCAGUUCUAGAUGUGGAUUUUGAAGAUCAGCAGUUUGCAGAACAGGACUGGACUCUUCUCAGGCAAUUGUUAUCUGAGCAGGACUCAAACAUAGGUUUCAAAAACUCUGUUCCUGAAGACCUUAACUUAGCACAAUGUCUUAUCAAUCAGACACUGUUUCUGGCACGAGAUGGUUCGAAUCCUCAGGGUACAUCACAAGUUGACACAUUCAGUAGGUGGACUGAACUAAUGUCUCCACUUGAUGAUUCUUCAGCAAGCAUUACAGUGGCAAGCUUUUCAUCUGAAGACUGUUCGUCCCCUCAAGGGGAAUGGACAAUUCUUGAACUGGAAACCCAUCAUUAAGGUGAUCAAAUGUUUGCAACUGAACUCCAACCCAUUCCCCAAAUCUAUUUUUGAUGAGUUGUUUCCAUACAAUAAUGAAAUACUGCAUCAGUCAAGAACGAGCAAUUCUUGAUACUUGAGGCAAUCUUUCUGAUAUAAUGAGGUAAAUAUGUUAAUUUAUAAUCUAGAUUUAAUCACAAGUACAAUAAUUUUUCAAGACUUAAAUGUAUGUCUUUUCUAAAAAUGAACUUUGAGCAUGUAUUUUCUAGAAUUGUUAGAAAAAUUAGAUGACAUGAAAGAAAAAUCUUGGUUUCCACCCUCCCUUUUAUCUUCCUUUCUGCCAUUUAAUAUUCUCAUUGAGCAAGAAUUUAAAGAUGACUACACAAUUCGUAGAGCUAUUUCCCUCCUUUUUUUUCCGCUCUCUAUAUGGUGACUUCAUUUUACAAUAAAGAUUCAGAAUGGUUGUGUCAAAAGGUGAUGUGUGCCAACACUGCUUUAAAUAACGGAAACAUAUACUUAUGUUCAAAGAAAACAUUUCAAUAUGAAUCUGCCUUGGGCCUUAUAAUAUGAGCGGCUUGUUUCAUCUGUUUCUUCCAGGUAUGAUUUUUGUAUCUUUGGUUUGGUUUGUUUAGAAGUUUCCAAUAAAUUUUUUAAAUUGUCUUUCCUUUAAAUAUAAGACUUGAGAGGGUCUGUGCUAUAGGAAGAGCACUGUUUCUUUCUUGGAAAUGCACAUAUUUAAGUAACUGUUUUUAAUGGCGUAGUGCAUGAAUUCAGAGGAGUUCAUAGAAUGCUGCUCCUGUUCUAAAAACAGUAUGUCUGUUCUAAGAAACAGUACGUCUGCUGUCUCCAAAAGUGUAUCUCACUCUGCACUCCUGGUCAGUGUUACGUCAGAAGUCUGAUGUCUACUAAAAUUACCUUUAGGCUUCAGUUCAUUACAUUUGCACCCUUCUGAUGCUGUCUGAGGCACAGGAAGAUUCUCAGGAAUUUGGUUUUGUUCUCAUAGAUGCUACAUUUUUGGAGGGGUAAUGGAAUCCUUGCAUCUUCAUUUAUACCUCUGGUGUAGCUUUUACAUUGCAACUAAAUGUCAAUAAUAACCAUUCUUCUGACUAAGACUGAAAUAGGAUAUACUUCUCCAUACUGCUCAUUCUGCUGCUUUUGGCUAUUAAUUUGGGUAUGGAUAGGACUGUUUAUUGUCUCUUCUGAUUUGAUGGGGGAGGAAGGGAGAAACUACUCAUAAUUCUUAUCAAGUCAGAACUCCUCCUGAAACAUACAGGGGUUUUUCCCUGCAAACGUUAGGGCCUCUAAGAUACCCGCAUUACGGAAAUAGUUGGGCUUGUCUUUCACACAGCUUAAAGUCUAAUCAGGAAGUAUUCUACCUCCUCUUAGUCAUUAACAAAAGUGCCUUCAGAAGUGAGUGCCAUAUGGCAGUAAAAGGCUACUAACAUUUUUUUGUUAAAACUAUUUAAGAUAAGUGCACAACUUAAUCUAGCUGUAACCACUGAUAAUAUGAUCAGUUUUGCAAGCUUUUGCACAAUUCCAACAGUGCACUUGAAUUAUCUUUAGAAACUUAAUUCCUUUGUUUUUAGUCAGAAACUCUCAGUUCUGUGGAAAUACGAAGUUGCCCCAGCAUAUGACUAAAGAAGUUAUGAGUUGUCUUAUCUUUGGACUUGAUAUAAUAAAGAACUCUGAGGCAAAAUAGUGUAUCUAGAAAGGCACUUUGUUGAAAUUCUGAUACAGAAGUAAAAGUGAUGUUUUAUUUUCCCCAAAAUAUAUGGAGGAAAAAUUUUCUCUCAUUCUUUAACAUCAAGGCAGUAAAAAAAAAAAAAAAAGCAUUCCUUUUUCUUUAUGUCAAUGAAGGACUUGAAACUCAUGGAAGGGAGAUGUUCAGUCUCGUAAUAAAAAUCUUACCCCCGCUCUUUUAGCAGCAUAAUUACUCUGGGAUAUUAUAAUUCAAAAUAUUUUAAAUGUAAUAUGCCAUGUUUACCCCAGUCUUCGUAUUGAGGGUGUUAGAAGAACCUUUAGAAGUGCAAAUCAUCAAGAAAACUUAUUUUUUACCUUCAAGUUUACAAGGUUAUCAAUAGUGGAUAAUAUUUUGGAUAAAUGAAAGAACUAUAGUAUUAGCCAUAGUAAAAGAUGAAACUCUGGAGAAGCUCUAACAGAAGUCUGAGGAAUGGUGUCUUCUCAAUUUCUGUGUAAAAGACUAAAAGUUGUUUAAAGUUGAUUAAACUUUAUUUUAAAAUACUGAUGACAUUCUGGUAGUGGGCAUUCACAUGUUAAGCAAAGCUAAAUGAUAGAAAGGAGAAGAUAAAGAUUAGGACAAGUGACGGAAAGUGUAAGAAGGGUCCCUUUUGUCUAUUUUUUUGCUUUAUUUUUAACUUCUUACUGUAUUGAAAAACUAACACUGAAAAGUAGCACUCAAGUUCCAUGUUUGUCAUAUGAAAUACAAUCAUGUACAGGGGGUUUUAUUAUUUGCUUCUUUUUUCUUUGCAUUUAAUUUUCCAGUUGUAUAAAAAUUAAAUUAGCUUCUCUCUUCAAGUCCCCAGUAAUGUUGUUGCAAUUCCUUUAAUAGUUUUGCAGUAGACCAGUGAUUAGGAUUUGGUGUAUUGUUCAGUUGGUACAUAUACAGCCAUAGAAUUCAGCUUCCCACAGCUAAAUGGUCUCUGUCGAAGUAGCAGGAAUAGAAAGCAGUAUCACUUUUAAUUCACAUUACCAGAGUGCGUGUGAGGCUUAAUCAGGCCAGCAUCCCACUGGCUAGACAUUGUACAAACACAGAACAAAAAAAAGGACUCCCCACAGAGUGGUUAUAAUCCAAGUUAAGACAAAAGACAAAAAAAAAAAAAACCAUGGAUGGAAAAGUACAAUGAGAGCAUCCAUCAACAUUUGUCUAGCUGAUUAGCAAUGGUUUCAGCAUGCUAUCAGUUUAAAUAGUCAUUUUUUUCCUUCUGUAUGCAUUCUGAAAAGGGAAAAUCAGAGGGUGAGAUUUGGAGGCUCGAUAAUGAGGGAGCUGUAAGGAUCUAUAGAUGGCACGCAGGGCUGGUCAGGAAUAAACUCUGUUCCUGUUUGACCUUGUUUAGUAGCCCCUCCUUAUUCAGGAGGAUGUUCAAGCUUUAAGUAGGAAUAGGUAGCUAGCUAUCUGUUUAAUAGUAUCGGUCACUUGAGUUCUCCAGAGUCCUGCUUGUGCCUCCUGACAGUGAUUUUUUCCACUGCAUUGUCCUCUUCGCCAAAACAUGAGAGAAUGGAUGGAGGUUUGUUUGAAAACUUCAUAUACAAACAAAGCUAGUGUCGUGGGCUCCAAGUGAAUAGUGAUUAGGAGGUCCUGAAUGACCUCUGAAGUAAAGACAAGGUAUGUACAUCUGAUGAAACGGUGAAAGGGCAUCAGUGAAGAAAGUAAAGAAAGAGAUAUCAUAGUCAAAAUAAUAAGAAUGUACCUUUGCACUAGUAUUUUAAAUGAGUAAGAGCAGUGAAAUCGCUUUGUCAAAGCCUGAGAACAGUGUUGCAGUCAACAGGUGAUACUGACAGCCUAAGUGAGAUUGUUAUGUGAAUGGAUAAAGGCAUACUACCUGUAUCCUACAGGCAGUAACAAGAAAUUUAGUGAAAUGUCAGUGAAAUUUAGAGGAGAGGACUUGGAAAUCAGAGUUUAAGAUAAUGACCCUGGUUUUGCCUACCUUGAAUGACAUGUUAUGAAAGUGAAAAAUAAGGAAGAAUGUUUUACGUGUAUGGAUAUAUUAAAUUUAAAAUAGGGUAGACCUCCAAAAGAUGAUGUCAAUAGGCAUAAUUACUGGGUUUGCUUGGAAAAUUAGUCUAGUCUGGACUGGAGAAGCAGCUCUGCCGGUUUUUCACAUAUAGACACUAGCUAAAAUAGUAUUUGUGGAAUAAAUGACCAACAGACAUACUGCAGAAGGAAAUGGAGGCCCAAACACUUAGAACUCUACAGAAAACUGAGGAAAGUGGAGGUUCUUCCAAAUGAUCUGCUCAAAAAAAAAAGUAUGGAAGCAAAGGAAAUAAGCAAAGAUGGUGACAGGAGUCAAAUAAGGAUGACAGGAUAUAAAGAAAACUGCACGUUGGCUUCACUGAAGAUGUCCCACAAGACAGAUGAGUAAAAAAUAGCAGUUUUGAGGCUGGUUAAGAACAUGUUCUUAGGGACUGUGAUCAAAAUGAGAUAUCGGCUUCCUCAGAAUGAAAGGCAGGCAGAUGCCAGUUUGGUACAGUAUGGCAGAAUUGCAGGAAGGAAACUGAGCUUAACCAUUAAGAGAAAGGCAACAGUUAGAAAAGAACAUCAGUUAAUAGUAUAGUAUAUUUUAUUUUUUAAAGGUAUGAGAUUAUACCAUAUUUAUAUAGCAUAGCAAAAGAAAUGAGACUGGGACCUAAAUGAGUAUCAGGAGUGGUAAGUAUGCAUGCAACGAGAUCAGCAGGCAGUCUGGGCUGCUAUCACAAAUGACCAGAUAAGAGCAUAAAACAAACGUCUGCUUUUGUAGUAGGGGUAGUGGAAAUGACAUUCCAUAUAGUCAUCAUUUUUUCUCUUAGAAAAACUUGCUGUAGAAUCAUAGAAUUACAGAAAAAUUGCAGAAAAAUCAUAGAACUACAAAAACCCACAGGCUUGAAGGGACCUCCAAAGAUCUCUAGUCCAACCUCCUGCUCAAAGCAGGGGUAACUUCAAAGUUAGAUCAGGUUGCUAGGGCCAUAUCAAGGUUCAUAGCAUGUAAAAUGGUAGUAAAGUCAGCAGACAGGAACAUGGUGCUCACAGGAAAUAGUUAUUUGAGAUAAAAAUAUUUUCAUUGUAUUAAAACUACUUUGGGUAUUGUUGGAAAAGAUUAGUAAUGAAGUACAAGAAAUACAACUUGCUUGCAAUAUAUUUAAGUUCUGGAUGAUAUGUGACUGAACUCUACAUGUUUAAUAAUCUUAUUCCACACUUGACUUUUUAAGGCUUUAAAUUAUUUCAAAAUUAUACUGAAUUUUUGAGUCUGCAAAUUUUAUUAUUAUUUUGGAGGAACUAGUGGGCAAGACAACUUCCCAUGUUUCUCACACAAAGACUAUCCAUAGGACCUGUUCCCCUAGUAUUGUCUAUCUCAGUUUCCUUCAGCGAAUAUGUAAAAAAAAAAAAAAAAAAAAAAAAAAAAAUUAACGUGCCUGUUCUAGGUACAGAUUGUAGGAGACUGUUUUAAAACUUUGAAUAUAUAUUAUUGCCAUCUGGAAAAGAAUUAGUAGCAUGCUCAUUCUACUUUGCUCCAGAAAAUCUAAACUUUUGCAUGAAGGAAUUAAGAAAUGCUAUUAUGUUGUUGAUCUUUUGCUCAGAACCAAGACAUUUAAGAAGUCAUUAUUUUGCUUCCACUAACGUCAAAGGAAAAACUCCUGUUGACCUCAGCUGAAGCAGGUUCAGGGCUUACCUAUAUUAAAUGCAUGUACUAGAAAUGCUAUUUUUCCAAUAUAUCUAUUUCAUAGUUUUCUAGUUUUACUCUACUAAUAACAUUGUACAAUUGUAUAUGUGACAAAUUGCAGCUAGAAAGACUUCAAUUUAGGAGUCAUAAUUGUAUGCAUUCUGUUAAUAUUUCAUGACUAGGGUGAUUUAACAUUUGUACAUUGAGAGAUGACAUUCUUGCCAGGACUAGACAGGAACUGAGGACAAAAGAUAGAAUGAGAAGUAGCAGCUUUGUUACAACUGAUGAUUCCAUGGAAAUGGGCUUUUAGAUUUGAAAUGUAAUAUAAUUGGAAGCUUUCAUCUCGUGCAGAAAAUCCCUACUGGUUUAAAGCUUUCCCUCUUGAACAUAGGUUAUAUAUACUAUUUUUGAACAUGAAGCUCUAAUGCAUUCAAUUUUGGACAAAUUGCAGCUCCAACCUAUUCUUUGGCUAAUUUAAAACCAAGCUUCCUAUUGACAACUACUACAUAGAUUUAAGGAAACAACCUGUAACAAAGUGAUUUAUAUAAAAAGUGGAUAUCAAUUGGUGAAAAAUACUGGGUUUGAUUUUUUUUGUGUUUUUUUUUUUCUUCACCUUUGGUAACUAAUAACUGCAGAAGCUCUACAGUGCAUGCAUGCAGACACAUCUGUUUAUUUCUUGCAUUUGACCUUCCUUUUAUACUUUGCUUUCGAGUCUAUACUGUUUAGUCAGUUAGGGCAUAGUUCUGCAAACAUGGGAGCGAAUCCACUUAAACAUUUGCAGAUUGGCUUUCAGGUUAACACUCACUUUUCAGAAAGGGUAAUGGAGCUGGCACUGGGGGCAGGCGCUGUGCAUACUUGUGUUUUUAUAUGGUACUCAACUUAAUGAGGUUCUAAUCUUGAUGAACCAUCUGGACGUGGUUAAAGUAUGAAAUAAUUAAUAAUGGAAUUCCAUUAAGUUGCUUCCCUGCUCUCCUUGAUUUAUUGCUGAAGUUCCCAGCUCAGAAGACUGUUCCAUUAGAGAAAUCAAAGUCCUAAGAAAUAAAAAUUUUUGCAUUACAUGCAACAGAAGAUCUUUUGCUAUUGCACUGUAAAAUACGAAUACUGAUCAGAUCUUCAAUAACUGAAGCCUCAGUAUUUGGGGGGGGGGGUUGAUGGUAUCUCAGUAGCCAGAUAUAUUUAACAAGGACAUUGAUGGUCAAAAUAGGUUUUGUACGUUAACGGAAGAUGACUAUUAAUUGGAUUAGAGUGAGUGCAUAUUCUGGUGAACCUGAACAGAUGCUCACAUGUACAAAUUUGGGGACUGACCCCAAUUACCCAGCUAGUCUAUCAGGUUUUAUAUUUCUGCAUGCAACUGACUCUGACUUCUUCUCAGCUCCCACUGAAAUUAGCAUGAGUGGUAUCAGAUCCACGUUUAUAAAAAUAGGGAUAUUUUUUAAGUGUCUGAACAGAAAGAUUGGUAACCCAAGUAAAAAUUUUGGCUCAUGUAACUUUCUAACUGUAUAAGCCAGUUUUGAGACUGAUCUCCCCAAAUGACUUAAAUCUACAGCAGCCUCAUUUAUGCAAUCCUUGUUUAGUCAUUUGUGUGAUUUUCUUACACUUGUGUUUAAUUAAAUAAUUUUAGUUCUUCACUUCUUUUUUUUUAUAACCCUCUUUUAGUGUGGCACGGCAUCCUGCCUCUCAGUAGGAUUAUAUCAAUGUGCUUAAGAUCAGUAUAAACAGGACAAACCAUAUGUACAUGCCAGAUUCAGUGUAGUGUAAAAACUUGUUACCUUCAUAGAACGAGGUAAUUUUCAUGUCCAUGAACAUGAGACCCACCUGUAAGUCAAACUUCCUACCUGUAACAAAAUGUCCUCCUGUAUCUUUGUGGUAGAGAAGGAAACGUCAAUCCUUAUUUUCUGGAUUAUCAUGUUCUAAUAAUCAAGAUUAAUCCUAUAUAUGUAUAAUGGGAUGCAUUUGGAGAAAUGUUUGAGUCACUACCUGUAGUUCAUGGCUUUGUGGUCCUAGAAUAUUUUGACACUGAGUCUUUGGGAGGGUGAAGGGGUGUGUUAAGCCCUCAAACUGAAUGCUUGCAUGUUUUCCACCUGCUUGCUUUUCAAACCUAGAUAACUAGCUGGGGCCUAAGUAACCAUAUUUCCAAAAGACUCCUUGUGAACAUGGUCUUCUGUUUCCAGAAUCUCUGUAUGGUUGCAUAGUCCCACAACCUUUCUUCCCCAUGCUACAUAUUCAAGAUUCUUAGUUGAUUUCUGUAUGACAGAAAAUAAUAAAUCCUAUGUGUAACUUAAA